ACUGCUCUCUAGUUGACCUUUGAGUAUGCACUGAAUGUGUCAGAGUAGCAUGUGCUGUCAUUUUAGUAUGCUCUGCUUUCAUUCAGCAUGCAUGAGUGUUUGUCCUUGGAGAGACAGAUUGACCUUUCUGUCAGUGACUUGUGAAGGUCAGGUCUCAGCUUAUUGUAACAUCUGUAAGUUUACAUCUAGGGAAACGUUGUCAUUGUUGAAGUUCUUUAUAGUGUGUAUGAGCCAAAAGGUAGUGGACUGCCCUGUCUGCUACUUACAACACCUUCUAAGACAGAAGGCAGGCAUUUUGCCCAGCCUGGAAGAUCUGCUGUUUUACACCAUUGCAGAAGGCCAGGAGAAAAUUCCAGCUCACAAAUUUACCACGGCGCUGAAAGCCACAGGUCUGCGUACUGGAGACCCUCGUCUUAAGGAGUGUAUGGAGAUGUUAAAGAUCACCCUGAAGACCACAUCAGAUGGCGCUCUGGAUCGACAUCUCUUCAAAAAGUGUGUGCAAAGCAAUAUUGUGUUGCUAACGCAGGCAUUCCGGAAAAAGUUUGUCAUUCCCGACUUUCAGUCAUUUACCUCUCACGUCGAUCAAAUUUAUGAGAGCGCUAAAUCACUGUCGGGUGGCCAGGUGGCAGAUUACAUUCCUCAGUUAGCGAAAUUUAGCCCUAAUCUCUGGGCCGUUGCCCUGUGCACUGUGGAUGGCCAACGAUACACUGCGGGUGACACGAAAGUCCCAUUUUGUCUGCAGUCGUGUGUGAAACCGUUGAAGUACGCAGUUGCUGUUCAUGAUCACGGCACUGAAUACGUGCACCGCUUUAUAGGGAAGGAACCCAGCGGUCUUCGUUUCAACAAACUCUUUCUUGACGAAGAUGAUAAACCUCACAAUCCCAUGGUAAAUGCUGGCGCCAUAGUUUGCACCUCCCUCCUCAAGCAAGGUGUAAGCAACGCUGAAAAGUUUGACUAUGUGAUGAACUUUAUGAAGAAGUUGGCAGGAAAUGAAUAUGUUGGCUUCAGCAAUGCUACGUUUCAGUCAGAGCGACUGUCAGGUGACAGAAACUUUGCCAUCGGUUACUACUUGAAGGAAAAGAAGUGUUUCCCAGAGGGUACAGAUAUGAUCUCCAUCCUGGACCUUUACUUCCAGCUGUGCUCCAUUGAAGUAACCUGCGAAAGUGCCAGUGUGAUGGCAGCUACCCUGGCGAACGGCGGCUUCUGUCCAAUCACGGGUGAGCGUGUGCUGAACCCCGAGGCUGUACGAAACACUCUGAGUCUCAUGCACUCCUGCGGCAUGUACGACUUUUCAGGACAGUUCGCUUUCCAUGUUGGUCUCCCGGCUAAAUCAGGUGUUUCCGGAGGCAUCCUGCUGGUAGUGCCUAAUGUGAUGGGCAUUAUGUGUUGGUCUCCUCCUCUUGACAAACUGGGCAACAGCGUGCGAGGAAUCCAAUUUUGCACGGAUCUGGUCCAUCUCUGUAAUUUCCACAACUAUGAUAAUUUACGCCACUUUGCGAAGAAAUUGGAUCCACGCCGAGAGGGCGGAGACCAGCGGCAACAGCAGCAGCAGAAUCUCGAACCGCUGGACUAUACGAGCCUUCAGAAGGAACUAGCGCUCACAGACAAAGUAUGGAAAAAAGUCUGUCCUUCUGAAACGGACGAGGACAGUUCCACCACUGUAGUCUAUAGGAUGGAAAACGUGGCGGAAAGAAACUAGAAGAGACGAAGCGCAACCCAACUUUCCUUCCAUGUUUUGUCAGCCCAUCAUCCAAUCACUUUCUUUGGUUAAUCAGUCUUUGGGAGAGGUUAGAGAGGUUGUUAUGUUUUGUUUUGGUUUUUUGUUUUUGUUUUAGGUUUAGUUUUGUUUUUUGAUUUGCUUUAGUUGGUUUGGUUUGGUUUUUUUGUUUUCAUUUUAGCUGGUUUUGUUUGUUUUUGUUGGUUUUGGUUUGGUUUUGUUUUGUUUGUUUAGUUUGAGUUGGUUUUGGUUUGUUUGUUUGUUUGUUUUUUUCAUUUUGUUUUAGGUGGUUUUGUUUUGUCAUUUUAGUUGUUUCUGUGUUUUUGUUUUGUUUUAUUUUUUGUUUGUGUAGGUUUUAUACUAUAAAGCAAGCCAAAGACCUUUAAGCCUCACAUGCAAUUUGUUUACUUUAAAAUUAAGGGAAUCAGUAAGGCCCAAACAAUGCAAUAUGAUAUCAAUAUCUGGGUAAUGAUGCAGUAAUAUUGUGAUUCUUUGUUUAUUGUAUUUUUCUUAAAAACUGUAGAAAUUGCUAUAAGACGGUCAUAUAUUUACUGUUUUCCCCCACCGUUAAAAUACUUUCUCUUAUACUAGAUUAAUGUGAAAAGAUAUCUGGCCUAUGAGAAAAUAAGUACAUUAUUUAUAGGCUAAACGUCUGAACCAGCCAGACACACCAGCAUUGAGUUUUGAUUUGAUUUGAGUUUCAGGAAACAAGAAGUACUUUUGUAAGUUUUGUUUGUUGCUGCUAGCUCCACAAAAAUAGCACACCUUUAAACCGUACAGAGUUCUAAAAAAGAAAACUGAUGCAUAACCAGCAAAUACCUUCAUAAAGAACUGGUCUUCACCAUUACAGUUUUUUUUUUUUUUACAUAAUUACAUUAUUCUUUUUCAUUGACCCCCUUUUUUUACCCAAUGUGAUGUCUAAAUGUUUGUUGAAUGUAUGUUUUGGUGCAUAUUCUGUUAACUUAUUUCAGUCAGUAUUGGAGUUCAAGUGAAGAAAAAUAUGUAAAUGUAUUUGAAAGAACUGUUUAGUGUAAGCAGGCAAAAUUUGUGUAACUUUAUAAAUUCUGCAGUCCUCUGGGUUCAGUCUGGCAUCCACAGUGUUUAAUUUCAUUUGUUUGCACAAAAAUAUAUAUAUUUUAUAAGACAUUGUAUUACAAACCAAACAAGUGAUUAACGUUAACCAGCGCACAACUGAUCAACUGAUCAGGUAGGAAAGCUUGUGUGACUAGUGGUUUCACAGUCCACAUUUCAUCCUGUGCUCAAAUCAGCUACAUCUGUAACCCAUUUUUCACUUGAAUUAAAUAUUUACUGUAGGUUUUUCAUUGUACUGUCCGUUUAAAGAAUCAUUUAUCAUUUCUGAAACUGUGCCUCUUGAAAUCCAGGAAUGUGCUUAAAUAUUACUGGAUUAUAACUUACUUUCCAUUGAUUAAUGUUUUAAACUUGCUAUCAUUUAAACUGACUACUUGAACUUGAUGUUUUAUGUUUUGUUUUAGUUAAUUAUUUUUCAGUAUUAUCAUUGACUUUAUGAAAUGUGACAAUGUGAAAUAUGCGCAACUCUUUAAAGGGGUCAUCGGAUGCAAAAUUCACUUUACAAGUUGUUUGAACAUAAAUGUGUGUUGGAAGUGCGUGUACACAUCCAUCCUAUAAUGAUAAAAAUCCACCCAGUGUUUUUUCCUUUCUCAAAUCAGGCUGAGGUAGUUCUCAGAAUGAGGUAGUUCUGCACAGGCCCCUCCCACGAUAGUUGAUUGACAGGACCAUUUUACCUUAGACCCGCCCUGAAUGAGAUGAGAGCUGUCCCAUUUUGUCGACUCCGGUGCAGGGGAAGACAAAAUGUCUCCUAUUAAGCGAUUGAGGUGUUUUGUUGUUGGGUGUAAUAAUGAAUAUAGCAGUUGUCAUUUACUCCUGACAUCUGAGCUGCUGAAGACGCAGAGGAUUAAUGUUACUUUCAUUUUGAAGUGAAUGCACCGAUCCCGAUCUGCCUAAAUGCGUCUAUGUUCGUGCGAAUCAUUUGUGAUCCAGCUUCAUCUUCAGAAGAAAUGAUUAUAAGGGUUUUUAUGAAUCUUUGCAAAUCGCCUUUCCUAAUAAUGUGCUAGUUAGCCAGUUUCGCGGCUGAAAUUUAGUAGUAUGCUCCAUAGAUAUAUAUAUACCUAGAUGCCUCAUUAUCGACUGUUUCUAUGGGCAUAUAAGUCAUCCACCAUUUUUGUAACGGUCUGCGAAUGUUUGAGCGCAUUGACUGUGUGCGUCUACAGCAGCAAGUUAUACGCUUGUUUAUCUUUGAAUAUUCAUUGAUUAUUAUGGUGAAUGCGAGAUGGCUGACGCUCAAGGUAUCUGGAGCGGUCGAAUAGGGAAUCUACACGGAAGAGAGGGGCGGAGUCAGCAGAGCUCACAAGCAUUUAAAGCAACAUGGACUAGAACAGCGUGCUGAAAACAGAGCUGAUUUUGACAGGGUAAAGAAUGUGUUUUUUACCCUACCAUUGAGAAAUUUUAACCACAGUACAGUCAUGCCCAAAAAUAUCGGCACCCUUGGUAAAUAUGAUCAAAAAAGGCUGUGAAAAUUAAUCUGCAUUGUUAAUCCUUUUGAUAUUUUAUUUUAAAAAUUCACAAAAAUUUCACCUUUCUCUUCAGUUCACUUCACUCAUUUUCUACAGGGUUCAGGUCAGAGGACUGGAAUGGCCAGCAGAAGCUUGGUUUUGUGCUCAGUGACCCAUUUUUGUGUUAUUUUUGAGGUUUGUGUUUGGAUUACUGUACGGUUGGAAGAUCCAAACAUGGCCCAUUAUAAGAUUUCUAACAGAGUCAGUCACUUAUUGAUUUUUUAUCUGUUGGUAUUUGAUAGAAUCCAUGAUGCCAUGUGUCUAAACAAGAUGUCCAGGACCUCCAGCAGAAAUAUAGGCCCACAACAUCAAAAAUACAGCAGUAUAUUUCAUUGUACACAUGGGGUACUUUUUAUCCCCGUGUUCACCAAACCCAUCUUGAGUGUUUGCUGCUAAAAAGCAGCAUUUAUUUCAUAAUGAUAUUUCCCCCCAUUUUAAAUUCUUAUUGUCCAAUGAAAGCUUAGAUUUUUGUGAAUUUAGAAUUUUUUUAAUAAAAGAUCAAACGGAUUAACAAUGCAGAUUAAUUUUCACAGCCUUCUUUGAUCAUGUUUACCAAGGGUGCUGAUAUUUUGGCCAUGACUGUGUGUUACAGACCUUUCAUUAAGACCCUAAAGAAUCAUAUCAACUUGUGUAAAAUGGGCAUCCAAUGACCCCUUUAAAAACCAUUUGUUUGUGCCAGUAAGAUUAUCUUCUUUUCAACUAGGUAGACUUUGUUUUUAUUUAUUUUGUCAUUGUGGUUUAAUAAAUGAUUGAUAAACACAAAUUUCAUUGAA